AUGUCGCUUCCUGAUGAUGAAAACUACCCAAGAACUACAACUACUUCUGCACAGUCCUUUCUUUCCUGGGAAGCAGAGUUACACUCGGUCUCCACGCACACUACGGGGCAAAAGCAAACAGCGAUUCCGCUGUUACACACCGAGUGCUGGGCCGCUGGGCUGAGAGGCCCGGCCCGCUGCUGGAGAGGGCAGGGAGGGGAAGGGGAGACAAGGAGGGGGGAUUACCUGAGCAAAUCGGCGUCUGAAUCCAACGAGAAUCCGAGAGAGGGGGAGAGAAAUCCGCCCCCCUCCCUCCUCAGAGGAGCCGCCGCCGCCGCUGGGCCGCCGCCGCCGCCGCGGAGCAGGAGGAGGAGGGGAGAUAAUAUAACAACAAUAAUCCGGGCCGGGAGGGGGGCUGGCUCCUCUUCCGUCUCCUCCUCAGUGCAGCGAACAUGUAGAGCCGGGGGCUGUGCGGCCGAGGCAAAUCCCUUCCCCCCGAGCCUGCUUCACAACAUCAACACGGGUCGGGCCGCGCCGCGCCGAACCGGUUCCGAGCCGGGGAGAGCGGAGGGUGGCCGAGGGGCAGCGCUGCCAAGGGGCCGCCGCCGCCGCCGCCGCUCCCUCCGAGAGUGCGAGCGCAGGAGGGCGGGGAGGGGCGGCCUGGGCACGCAUGGUGGAGAGGACGAGGAGGAGUACUGCAAAAGGCUGCCUCGCAGGAGGGCGGACCUGGAAAGGGCCCUUAAACUGAACCCGCAAAGGCGGCAGCCCCUGCAGGUGGGACACUCGCUGGAGUUACUGUCGCCGCUCAUGCCCUUUCUCUGUGGAUGUGAGAGGCCGCGCCGCAGGAACAGAAACACCCGCUGCUCAAAGCAUUGCCGGGGCGAGGGAUUUCCAGAUGGACAUACGGAACGGGAGUGGCUUUCAAAAAUGGGCUUUUUGGACGAGCACUGGGGGAAAUACUGCUGUUCAGGUGAAAUGUCCUUUGCUGGAGGCUGAGGCUCCACCGCCACCAGAUUUACUGGAAAUAUUUUAAUUAUGUGUUGUGAAGGAGUGUUUGGAGAAGGAGCAUGUCCUAAUCUGAAAGACUUUCUGGUGUUCCUCCGUACAGGUAAAACGGAAUAAUCAUAGCACAGGGUAAUAAUGAAGAAGCAUUUAUAUCCCAUGAAUUAACUAUGUUUUUUAGUACUCACUUAAUGUCGUUUGCUGCUCAGUACUUGGACAAAAAUCCUUUCAUUUCUAGAGGAAGCACUCCUUGUCUGUCGACUCCAAGUAUCAGCUGGACACAGCUGUAAAUACCCUGUGACAUAUAAAAACACCCUUUCAGCGCUGGAUAAAUGUUAUUUGCACAAAGGGAUACAAUCUUACACCAGUGCACCUGAUCUCUCCAAUGCUUAGGAUUUUUUUGAAUAACACUCUGUCUUUAAUACAGAUUUCGAAUGCCUCUCUUAUGCUUAAACUACUAAAAAAUUAAUAAUUUUGGAUGAAUCAAAGUUUGGUUUAAAAGUGCAUGUGUUUUUGUUUAAAAGUACAGAAGUGAAGAUGGCACUGGAACACACGGUAAUUCAGUAGUGGAAAUACUAUUACUCUAAUGGCACAUAUUAACAGAGUAAACUGGGUUCUGAAAAAAAUGUAUUACAGACCUUUGUUCCAAGUUAAUAUAAAAGAACCCAAUCUUAUAAUCGUUUAUGCAUUUAUUACUUGAAGUUAUCAAUUUGAAAUAAAGGUAAAUAAUUGGUGUUGCAAA